AUGGUACGUCCACGGGGACCUCAGCAAGAAGGACCUAGCAAUGCACCAGAGGACCUUAUCACGACAAUUGGUGGUCUAGCCACUUUCGUUCAAAAUAUGAGUCAGGAAUGGAGAGACUAUGGGAAUCACAAUCCUAAUCAGCAUCCCACGCAAAUUGACGAAGAAGAGGUUGCUCGUCGACGUCUGAAAGAUUUUCGUAACUUCCAGCCACCAACUUUUGAAGGUGGAGAUAACCCCGAGAUGGCAGCGCAUUGGCUACAGAUGAUAGAGCACAUCUUUGAGCGUAUGGACUGUCCCGAGGCGCAGAAGGUGAAUUACGCCUCUUAUCAACUUGUGGGCGAGAUAGAGAGGUUCGAGAGUGGAUUGCACCCAGAAAUCCGCAAGCUCAUUUUGUCCUCAGCAAACUGUACCCUUCCAGAGUUGAUCAAUGAAAGUCGGCAAGCGGAGGGAAUCAUUAAUGACGCUAAGGCUUUGUCCAGGCAAUCUGCACUACAGCAAGGAGGAAGCAGGAUUGGGCGUUUCUUCAAAAAGUUCACCGGUCAGAAUAAAGGCAAGGGCACACAUAUGCAGGCUCGCACCGGAAAUUUCAAGAAGAACACUGCCACCGGACCAUCUUCAGCUGGACGCCAGAGUUAUCCUACCUGUACCUAUUGUGGAAAGAAUCAUCCUGGAGCUUGCAGGCGCAAAAAUAACUUAUGUUACAACUGUGGAGAGUCGAGACCUUUUGCUGCUGACUGUCCCCAGAAUACUAAUCAAGCUCGUCCUAAUCAGCCUCCGACCCAAGGCCGCGUGUUUACGCUAGAUGCGAAUGAAGCCAGGAAACAUCCAAAUUUGAUCCAAGGUAAUGUAAUCUUGAAUGGUUACCCUAUUUCUGUUAUAUUUGACUCUGGAGCUACUGGUUCUUUUAUUGCGGAAUAUACUGCUUUGAGACUGGGUAUCACCCCAGCUCCCUUACCUUUUGAUAUGCACAUUCACACUCCUGCGGGAGGAUAUUGUACUGCCGCGGGAAUUUGUAGAGGCGUCAUUCUUCAGUUCGAAGGGAGGACAUACACUAUCAAUUUGGUGGUUCUUCCUGUGUUUAGUAUUGAGAUGAUUAUUGGCAUGGAUUGGUUGUCGGAGAAUAACGUGAAGCUGGACUGUCAAGCUGGAAAGGUUAUCGUACCACCUCUGAACGAUAAUUCUCUAUUCUUUUCUACUAUUUCCUUAUUGCAAGUCCGUAAAGAGCUACUUCGAGGAGCAGAAGGAUAUCUGUUGCUUUCUCUAUCUGAAGAUGCUGUUGAUGUUUCACUUCGUAAUAUUCCCAUUGUUAAUGAGUUCGUUGAAGUGUUCCCUGAUGAAAUUCCUCAAAUACCUCCACAUCGGGAGAUUGAAUUUCCAAUUGAACUUCUUCCGGGAGUUGGACCUGUCUCCAUUGCUCCUUAUCGUAUGUCUCCGUUAGAAUUGCGAGAACUCAAGAAGCAACUUGAAGAGUUAUUGUCUUAG